CCCAUUACUUCCGGGCCUUUGAAAGAAAAAAAAGCCUUUGGCCACGCCACAGGUAGAAACCGGCUCUGGAAGGUGGUGGGUCCUAUCCGCGGUUUGCACGGCACUUGCGGUUGAAUCUCCGCCAAGGAAAUGAUGCUGAGCGGCAGGUUGGGCCCUGGUGCCUUGGCGAGACUGUGGGGGCUGCUGCUGUUGCUAAACCUGGGUCGUGCCGUGCGAGCCUCGGAGAUCACGUUUGAGUUGCCAGACAAUGCCAAGCAGUGCUUCUACGAGGAGAUUAUGCAGGGCGUCAAGUGCACCCUGGAGUUCCAGGUGAUCACUGGAGGACACUAUGAUGUUGACUGUCGCUUAGAAGAUCCAGAUGGCAUUGUGUUAUACAAGGAGAUGAAGAAACAGUAUGAUAGUUUUACUUUUACUGCAUCCAGAAAUGGAACAUAUAAAUUUUGUUUCAGCAACGAGUUUUCUACCUUCACACACAAAACUGUGUACUUCGACUUCCAGGUUGGAGAUGAUCCACCUCUGUUUCCUAGUGAAAACAGAGUCACUGCACUUACUCAGAUGGAAUCUGCAUGUGUUGCAAUUCAUGAAGCUUUAAAGUCUGUCAUUGAUCACCAAACUCAUUUUCGAUUAAGAGAAGCCCAAGGCCGCAGCAGAGCGGAAGAUUUAAACACACGGGUGGCUUAUUGGUCAGUAGGAGAAGCUAUCAUUCUUCUUGUAGUUAGCAUUGGGCAGGUUUUUCUUCUCAAAAGCUUCUUCUCAGACAAAAGAACCACCACAACCCGUGUUGGAUCGUAACUCAUGUUGAGAAAAUAUUUCAAAUCCACUGUUCCUUUGUAAAAUACUGUUCUUCAAAUAAUUUCUAGUUACAGAACAAUUAAAUAUGGAGAACAUUUUAAAUAUGUUUAGCCUUCCCUCUCUGCUUAAAGUUGCAAAAUACACGUUCCCCAAAAGCUGUGGAAAAAGGCAGCUUUUUAUUUGUAAUAUAUGGAUUUUGUCCUGUUUAUGUCUGCACAGAGAUUUAACUUAAGGUUGCUACAUUUUUUUAAACAAAUGAGACUACAUGGGAGUAUAAUGCUUUAAAAUAUCCUUUAAAAUGUUGAUUUGGGAGAUCAUCCAUAUGAAAAGUGGAUGGCAGUCUGAUUUCUCAAGAAAAAAGUUAUGGGACUAAAACAAAAAACAAUGUGAUUAAUUGUAGUCUCAAAGCCAUGUACUGCACUGUUUUGAUUUUUCUAUGAAAAUGCCAGUCACAUUUUCUUGUAAUUUCUUGUUUUACUGAACCAAAUUUAAAACUGAGGACCGUGGGGAAUCCAGUUCUCUGUACUUGGAAAAUGUUUAUCUAAUUGAUUUUCAUUUUUCUUUUAAAUAAAUUGGGAGAAUGUCUUGUAACUCUCAGAAUUGUUCAAAUUGUGAUGCUGCUGCUUUGAAGAAUUGAAAUCUACAGGCAGAUCCACAAAUAAUCUGAGUCAGCCAUUCCCACUUGACAUCAGUAGGACUGAGCUAAAGUGCAAGUGGACUGGGAUAAAUGAUUUGUGCCUCCGAGCAGAAGGUCGCUUUCAGUAUAAUAUGUAGGUAGUCCCAUGUUCUCUGGGACCAGGUUUGAAUAAGUGGUUUGAGGAUUAUAACCUUUAAAAAUGGCUUAUUAAGCAACAUCUGUACAACCACCCAGCAUGGCUGUAUAAAAUCUGUGAGUUCAAUAUAUCUCCUUUUGGAGUCUUUAAAUUAACUGCUGGAAACCUAGUUUUCAUGGGUGUGAUGCACUAAUUUGUUGCUUGGUGCCAGCAGCCACCACUUUUGAGCUGGAGAGCCUCCUUGUGCAGUAGUUUACAAUCUUCUUGGUAUUUGGAUUUUCUUAGCUUGGAUCAAUCACUCUCUUUGCUCAUGACUAGCAUAUACUCAAAGGUUUCAUAGGUAUGUGAGAUCGCAUAUUGUACUGUAGUCAAAAGCAAUCAAAGUAACAUGAUAAACACAUCUAUUUGAAAGUAAGUCUCAGGGCCAAACUAGUUGUUCGUGUUUUUGAAGAGUUGGGUCCUGGUUCCCUGCAGCCAAGCAGUGCAGGAAAGCCAUUCAGAGGAAGGCAGUAGCUCUUCCUGUACACGUGUUGGUGCUUCAAGACCAAACAGGCUUUCAUUUAUUUUUUAAAAGUUGUCACAUGCAGCUGCUGUGGGGAACCCAGCCCCGUUACUCAAGUCUUUAAAAACACAAACAUGUAGUUUGGCCCUCACAGACUUCAAGAGAGUUUAUUUGUAUAUUUUGAAAUAAAGAAGGCAGCUUGUAUCAAGGAAAAAAUAGAAACUUGACUUGCAGUGUUGGUAAACAUGAAGACCACUGAAGCUAACAAUCACAGAAACACACUUCGCAUUGAAUUUUCCAACAAAGUUGCCUCACUCUGUUUUUGCAAUUGUAGGUAGUCCCUACAAUUGUGUAGGUAUGCUAUCAGUCCCAGAAAAAUGUGUUACACACACCCAUGUAUGAACCUGGAUCAUUGUGUCAAAUUUAAAUGCUGGUGGUUGUAAGGAGGGGAGAGUUAGAUUCACCUUCAUAUUGAGCAGUUCAGCUUCGAUGAUGAAUCUGAGGAUUCUUAGUUUAUUUAGUUAUUGAGUAUGUUAAAGUGUCCCCUUAAUUACUCUGUGUGCGUGUGAGAGAGAGAGGCUUUAAAAAAACCCUAUAAAAGUGUGUAUUUUAGGGCCAGGGAAGACCUGUAAAUGAUUAAAGCCCCAUACAAGUAACUCAGUGUGUGAUUUUAUUUCAUUUUUUACUGUAGCGCUUCAGCUUGUAUAAAAUAAACUUGACUGUACCUGCAGGGUAAUUAUGACAAGACUAUAAAAUAAACUCAUUAUUGCUGGAGACUAACUUGCCGCUCCAUUUCUACUAUUGAGAAAUAUUUAGGAGCCUUACAUAAACAAAGGGUUGGUAUGUUACCAAUAAUGGUUAGGGGAUUUGGCUAUAAAGAGCAAAGGUCUUGUGAAAGCAUACCUGUUCAGA